GUGGACGGACUCAUAUCAGACCACGUCCCUACACCGGCCUGCUCUUCACGUAAGGAUGCUGCACGUGCUUUGCUUGACCGCUUUCUUCUCUGCGGUGUUUUCCAUGGAGAUGAACCAGACCUCCAAGCUCCUGGCAGAAAGUGGAGAGCAGUGCUCGGCCUGCGACUUCCGGGAGCACAGCAAGCAGAUGAGACUCCACAGCAUCAAGUCCCAGAUCCUCAGUAUCCUGAGGCUGGAACAUGCGCCCAACAUCAGCCGGGACAUGAUCCGCCAGCUGCUCCCCAAGGCGCCUCCUCUGACGCAGCUCCUGGACCAGUACGACCCGCGGGUGGAGGACGAGGAUGAUGCUACGACGGAGACCAUCAUCACCAUGGCCACCAAACCGAACCAGAUCACCCACGACGAGUUCUCCACCUGCUGCCUGUUCAGCCUCAGUUCAAAGAUCCAGCCCAAAAACAUCCUCAGCGCUCAGCUGUGGGUCCACCUGCGACCGGCUGACCAGGUCACCACCAUCUUCCUACAGAUCUCUCGCCUCAAACCCGGAAAGGAAGGUAACAACACUCGGGUCAGAGUGCGCUCCCUUAAGAUUGACACGGACGCCGGUGCCAGCUCCUGGCAGAGCAUCGACAUCAAGUCUCUCCUGCAGGCUUGGCUCCGUCAACCAGAGACUAACUAUGGAAUUGAAAUCAAUGCAUAUGACUCCAAAGGAGAAGACCUAGCUGUCACCUCAGUAGAACCUGGAGAGGAAGGAUUGCAACCGUUUAUUGAGGUGAAGAUCCUCGACACUCCCAAGAGAUCCCGCCGUGACUCCGGCCUUAACUGCGACGAGGAGUCGGCAGAAACGCGUUGCUGCCGCUAUCCACUCACCGUCGACUUUGAGGAGUUCGGCUGGGACUGGAUCAUCGCGCCCAAACGUUACCGGGCUAACUACUGCUCAGGGGAGUGCAAGUUUACGCACCUGCAGCAGUACCCGCAUGCACACUUGGUGAACAAGGCAAACCCACGGGGCACCGCUGGACCCUGCUGCACACCCACCAAGAUGUCACCCAUCAAUAUGCUCUACUUCAACCGCAAGGAGCAGAUCAUCUACGGAAAGAUCCCGUCGAUGGUGGUCGACCACUGUGGCUGCUCCUGAGGAAAUCCAGUGAUCCUGCUGGUCGUAGGGCAAACCUUUAAAAUGACGCCAAACUUUCAACCUUAGACAAAUAGUUUAAAGAAUCUUUGAAAGAGAUGCAUGGAGGACUGUGGGUAUUAAAGAAGUUGUUCCUCACCUUGACCUAAUUUGAACCGAAAGUAAGUAAAGACAACAAACGUUAGGCCCAAAUAAAGGUUGCAACAAAAACUUUCUAUCCAAAAGCUAAUAAAAAGUAAAUGUUCACAUAUGCAUGUGAUAUAAAGGAUCCUCACAUAUAAUAUGGCCCAGCCACCAUUUAUCUUUCUAGAUAGACUCCUGCUGCCUCAUGUCCUCGCUCUGUUAUGAAAACGUGUCCUGAUUUGAGCCUUCACCGGGGCGAACCCUGCAGGGCGUCCUACAUGUGCGCCUUUAUUUUGAAAAACAUGAACUGAGUGACUCUGAGCCUUUGUGUCCCAAGGCUUGUUUGCAAAGUCCUCGCUGUGACCAGUUCUCAAGAGCAUCGCAGACAUGGAGAGGAAGCAACAUUUUUGUUGAAAGAGACAUUGUUAAAAUGUGUUUGGAUUUUAUUCUGAUAUUGUGAUAUUUUGUAAACAUGUAAAAGUUGCACAAGACAUCAUGUCAUUUCUUCUUAAAAGCCAUUCACUCAAUAGGGAAAGUUCAUAUUGUUAUGAUCUGAAAGGUAGAAAUAAUUUUUACAAUGAAACUACAUUAUCAUUUAUCAAAAUUGCCGCCAAUUCAUAUUACGCAUAAUUCCAGUAAUCACCUCAGCUGUACUUUGAAGUUAUUUUCAAGCUCCUCGUGUAGAAAAGAGCAGGCAAUCUGGGAUAAGAUCACAUGAUUAUGUCAGUGUAGGAAAGUAAUAUUUCGACCAAGACUAUAUUUUGUUUAUUUCUGCAGAUACAGUACAUGUUCCCACGAUGACAUGAAUUUUAAAAUUUCACAUGCAAAAUGUAAUUUUCAUAUCGGGCCACUAACACUGCUAACUAAGUAUAUGAGAGGUCAGCUUCCAGAGGCCAAAGCAGGACUGAAUCUUUGAUUGUUUAUUUCAUGUCAAUAAACCUCUUUUUGAAGCAUA